ACACCCAGGGAUCUCUCCGAAAUCCACCAGGAGUACGUCACUAGCCCGCUCCACGUAGUGUGCGUCUGGAGUUCUUUCUGCUCCAUCCGAGGCGAUGGCCGGGUUAUUAAAGAUCGCGCCCUAUUCAAUCAGGAGUGGAGUGCGGGUACUCCCGGCCCUCGGCAGCGUCCCGCGAAGAGACUAUGUUAAGACUCGAGUCAAAGUAGAAAAUCCUGUUGUAGAAAUGGAUGGAGAUGAAAUGACCAGAGUGAUUUGGAGUUUCAUUAAAGAAAAGCUUAUUCUUCCUAAUGUUAAUGUGGAGUUGAAAUACUUCGAUCUUGGUCUCCCCAGUCGAGAUAAAACAGAGGACCAGGUGACAAUUGAGUCUGCAUUGGCAACCCAAAAAUAUGGAGUUGCAGUGAAAUGUGCCACCAUUACACCAGAUGAAGCUCGUGUGGAAGAGUUCGGACUGAAACAAAUGUGGAAAAGCCCAAAUGGGACCAUCCGAAAUAUUUUGGGUGGCACGGUUUUCAGAGAGCCAAUUAUUUGUAACAACAUCCCACGACUUGUCCCCGGUUGGGUAAAACCAAUCACAAUAGGACGGCAUGCAUACGGUGAUCAGUAUCAAGCAAUAGAUUUUGUCAUGGACAGCCCAGGCAACUUUAAGCUUGUCUUCCUCCCCAAAGAUGGUAGUGAAUCCCUGGAAUGGAAUGUGUUUGACUUCCCUGGUGGAGGAGUGGGAAUGGGAAUGUACAACACUGAUGAGUCUAUUACAGGAUUUGCACACAGCUGCUUCCAAUAUGCCCUAUCCAAGAAGCGGCCUCUUUAUAUGAGUACCAAAAACACUAUUAUGAAGGCAUAUGAUGGAAGGUUUAAGGACAUAUUCCAGGAUAUUUUUGAUCAUAAUUAUAAAGCAGCUUUUGAUAAGUUGGGUAUCUGGUAUGAGCACCGGUUGAUCGAUGACAUGGUGGCACAGAUGUUGAAGUCUUCAGGAGGUUUUGUCUGGGCUUGUAAGAACUAUGAUGGAGAUGUUCAGUCUGACAUCCUGGCACAAGGAUUUGGUUCUCUUGGGCUGAUGACGUCAGUGCUGAUUUGUCCAGAUGGGAAAACAAUUGAAGCUGAAGCUGCUCAUGGAACAGUUACUCGCCACUACAGAGAGCAUCAGAAGGGCAAACCCACCAGCACAAAUCCAAUUGCCAGCAUAUUUGCCUGGACUCGAGGGCUGGAGCACAGAGCAAAACUUGACAGCAAUCAGCAACUUAAGCAGUUUUCUGACGUACUAGAGCAGGUAUGUGUGGAAACUGUGGAAAGUGGAAUCAUGACAAAGGAUCUUGCUGCUUGCAUUUAUGGACUUCAGAAUAUAAAGCCGUGGCAGCACUAUGUAUACACUGAAGAAUUUCUUGAUGUCAUCAAGGAAAACCUAGACAAGAAGUUGAGUUGUUGAAACAAACCAAGAACAAUAAAGAAUCUUCAAAAUUCUUCCCAGGCUGCUGGUUACUGCGCUGAAGCUGGCAUUUACUCCAGCUGAACAGCUUUCAUCACUGGAUGUGAAAUGGCAUUUAUUGUAUUGGUAUUAUCUGUUAAUUUUAAUAGUUUGUUAAAAUACAAAUAAAUGUUUAGUUUCAACUACUGCCCAUAAUUCCGUCCUGCGUCAAUAGUUUGCCAGAAACCUCUGUUCUGUAUCAUUGUCAAAGUCGGUAACACAAAAGCAAAUCUGAACCAAUUUCAAAUUCUCAAUUCAAAUCAAAAUCAUUUAGUAACUAAUGGAGCUCUAUAUUUAGGUUUUUGCAAAUUAAAAGGAACAGUAUGUUUUGUACUUUUCUUCUUAAAUUGUCCUGUGUCCUAUUUCAACAAGCCUUCUUGUAACACUUGUUAGCAAAAAUUCUAAAAUACUGGCAAUUCAUUUUAGACCUGUCUCAGCUAUCUAAAACAAUAAUUAUAGUGCAACCUUUAAACCUUUCACUAGUGUUAACAUGCAGGGCCUGUACACUGCAUCCUAGUUAGCAUAAAAGAGUUGAACUCUAAAUUGAUAGUGGUGAUAGUUUAAUUUAAUUAUAUCAGAGAUACAUGAAAAUUAGAUUUGGUGGACAUAGAUUUAGAAGGGGGGUUCUUGGGAGGAGAACCUUUCUUAACCUGGGAGUGUGAAUAUCUGGAGCACACUCCCUGACAAUGGUGGAAGCAGAGUCUCUGACAGCAUUUACAGGUAAAAGGACAAACACUUUGUCCAGGGUAUUGAAAGCUCUGGGGCAAGAGGGGGAAGCUGGGAUUAAUUUUGAUGGAUGUACUGGGCUGAUUGCCUGGCUGUAUGACUCAGUGACCAUUACCAUUGUUUCCAAGGAUUUAUCCCGAAUUCCCCUCUUUCCUCCCCAUUUCUGUGACUUCUCUCAAAUGUCCAUCAGCUUGCCUUUUGAUUCUAUUUCCCACUAACCUGCACCAAGGAGUAGCUUAUGGUAGAUAAUUAUCCUACCAGCAAGUCUCUAGGAUGUGGAAGAAACACAGAGGAGUUCCAGGAGAUCACGGAGAGGACGUACAAACUCUGAACCUGCAGCACCCUAAGUCAGCACUGAACACUGGUCUUUGAGCUGCUGGGCACAUCAUAUCUGGGAAGUCUCCAUUCUCUACCCUCUGCUUCCAUCCUGAGCUCACUUGUCUAUUGAUGCAAUCAAAAUGUAUCGCUUUAUAUAACAUGGAUAGUAAAAUAAUUAGAAGCAUCUGAGCAAAAUGCAAACAGGACCAGCUAGUUGGUAUGUGUGAGAUGGGCCAAAGGGCCUGUUUUAAUGUGGUAUAACUAUUGACAACUCAAAAUCAUCUGCAUUUAAGUCUCUUUCAGAAGAAUUCUUGUAGUUCUCAAUAGUUACAUUUGUAAGACCAUAAGACGUCAAAGCAGAAUUAGGUCAUUCAGCCCAUCGAGUCUGCUCAGCCAUUCCAUCAUGGCUGAUCCCAGAUCCCACUCAAUCCAUAUGCCUUCCAUCUCACCCAUAUCCUACAAUGCCCUGACCAAUCAGGAAAUGAUCAACUUCUGCCUUAAGCAUACCCACAGACUUGGCCUCCACUGCAGUUUGUGACAGAGCAAUCUAGUCUAGCAGUCUAGAUUCCCUAGACUAGCUAAAAUAAAACACUCCUUACCUCUGUUCUAAAAGGUCUCUCAUCAAUCUUAAGGCUGUGCUCUCUAGUUCUGGAUACCCCCACCAUAGGAAACAUCCUCUCUAUCUCUCUCACAUCCACCCUAUCUAGUCCUUUCAAAGUUCGGAAGAUUUCAAUGAGAUCCCCACGCAUUCUUCAAAAUUCUAGUGAGUACAGGCCCAAAGCUGCCAAGUGCACCUCAUAUAUUAACCCCUUCAUUCUGGAAAUCAUCCUCCUGAAACUCCUCUGAACUCUCUCCAAUGGCAACACAUCCUUUCUGAGAUAUGGGGCCCAAAACUGGUGACAAUACUCACAAGUGUGGCCCAACUAGUGUCUUAUAAAGGCUCACAUUAUCUCCUUGCCUCUAUAUUCUAUAAAUUAUUAAAUAACUGCCAACAUUGCAGUUGCCAUCUUUACCACAGACUCCACCUGUAAAUUAACCAUCUGGGUGUCUUGUAUGAGGACUCCAAUGUCCCUCUGCACCUCUGAUGUUUGAAACUUCUCCCCAUUUAGUCCGCACUAUUGUUCCUUUUACCAAAAUGCAUCAUCAUACAUUUCCCAACACUGCAUUCCAUCUGCCACCUCUUUGCCCAUACUUCCAAUUUGUCUCAAGUCCUGCUUUAAUCACAUUGAUUCCUCAGCACUAUGUCUCUAUCUUCAUAUCAUCCAGAAAAUUUGCCACAAGGUCAUCAAUUCCAUUAUCCAAAUCAUUGACAAACAAUGUGAAAAGUAGCGAUCGCAAUACUGACUCCUGAGGGACACCACUGGGGCACACUGGAUUUUUUAAAAAUUGAUUUUCCCAACAUCCUCUGUAAACUUUGGAGACUGUGUAUGAAACUUGCAGAUCAGCACCUUCAAAUACUCAACCCUGCCUUUUAGGCACCAACAGUCAUUUCACAGUCAAAGUCACUUUUCUCAUAUUUAAGACCAUAAGACCUUAAGAUAUGGGAGCAGAAUUAGGCCAUCUGGCCCAUUGAGUCUGCUCCACCAUUCAAUCAUGGCUGCUCCUUUUUUUUCUAUCUCCUCCUCAACCCUAGUUCCUAGCCUUCUCCCCGUAACCUUUGAUGCCAUGUCUAAUCAAGAACCUAUCAAUCUCUGCCUUAAAUACACCCAGCGACUUGGUCUCCACAGCUGCAUGUGGCAAUAAAUUCCACAAAUUCACCACCCUUUGUCUAAAGAAAUUCCUCCACAUCUCUGUUUUGAAAGGGUGCCCCUCUAUCCCAAGGCUGUGCCCUCUUGUCCUAGUCUUUCCUACCAUGGGAAACAUCCUUUCCAUAUCUACUCUCUCUAGGCCUUUCAAAUUUAAUUUCAAUGAGAUCCCCCACCCCCCAUCCUUCUGAAUUCCAGUGAAUACAGACCCAGAGCCAUGAAACGUUCCUCGUAUGAUAACCCUUUCAUUCCUGGAGUUAUCCUUGUGAACCUCCUCUGGACCCUCUCCAAUGCCAGCACAUCUUUUCUAAGAUGAGGAGCCUAAGUUGUUCACAAUACUGAAGCUGAGGCACCACCAGUGCCUUAUGAAGCCUCAGCAUCACAUCCUUGUUCUUGUAUUCUAGACCUCUUGAAAUGUAUGCUAACACGGCAUUUGCCUUCCUCACUGCUGACUCAACCUGCAAGUUAACCUUCAGGGUGCUCUGCACAAAGACUCCCAAGUCCCUCUGCAUCUCAGAUUUUUGGAUUUUCUCCCCAUUUAGACCAUAGUCUGUGCGUUUAUUUCUACUACCAAAGUCCAUGACCAUUCGUUUUCCAACAUUAUAUUUCAUUUGCGAUUUUCUUGCCCAUUCUCCUAACCUGUCUAAGUCCUUCUUCAUCCUUCCUGUUUCCUCAAUACUACCUGCCCCUUCACCAAUCUUCAUAUCAUCUGCAAACUUAACAACAAAGCCAUCUAUUCCAACACCUAAAUUAUUUACAACAGCAUAAAAAGAAGUGGUCCCAACACAGACACCUGUGGAACGCUACUAGUACUGACGGCCAACCAGAAAAAGAUCCUUUUAUCCUCACUCACUGCUUCCUAACAAUCAGCCAUUGCUCCAACCAUGUUAGUAAUUUUCCUGGAAUACCAUGGCUCUUAACUUAGAAACAAAGAAAACCUACAGCACAAUACAGGCCCCUUCGGCCCACAAAGCUGUGCUGAUCAUAUCCUUACCUUAGAACUACCUAGGCUUAACCAUAGCCCUCUAUUUUUCUAAGCUCCAUGUACCUAUUGAGGAGUCUCUUAAAAGUUCCUAUUGUAUCCACCUCCACCACCUCUGCUGGCAGCCCAUUCCACUCACUCAGCACUCUCUGCGUAAAAAAAAAACUAACCCCUGACAUCUCCUCUGUACCUACUUCCAAACACCUUAAAGCUAUGUCCUCUUGUCCUAGCAAUUUCAGCCAUGGGUAAAAGCCUCUGACUAUUCACAUGAUCAAGUGCCUCUCAUUAUCUUGUACACCUCUAUCUGGUCACCUCUCCUCUGUCGCUCCAAGGAGAAAAGGCCGCGUUCACUCAACCUAUUCCCAUUAGGCACGCUCCCCAAUCCAGGCAACAUCCUUGUAAAUCUCCUCUGCACCCUUUCUGUGGUUUCCACAUCCUUCCUAAAGUGAGGUGACCAGAAUUAGGUACAGUACUCCAAGUGGAGUCUGACCAGGGUCCUAUAUUGCUGCAGCAUUACCUCUCGGCUCUUAAACUCAAUCCUACGAUUGAUGAAGGCCAAUGCUUCGUAUGCCUUCUUAACCACAGAGUCAACCCGCAUAGCAGCUUUGAGUGUUCUAUGGACUUGGUCCCUCUGAUCCUCCACACUACCAAGAGACUUACCAUUAAUGCUAUAUUCUCCCAUCAUAUUUGACCUACCAAAAUGAACCACCUCACAAGGUUGAACUCCUUCUGCCUCUUCUCAGCCCAGUUUGGCAUCCUAUCAAUAUCCCGCUGUAACCUCUGACAGCCCUCCACACUAUCCACAAACCCUCCAACCUUUGUGUCAUCAGCAAAUUUACUAACGCAUCCCUCCACUUCCUCAUCCAGGUCAUUUAUAAAAAUCACGAAGAGUAGGGAUCCCAGAACAGAUCCCCAAAGCACACCACUGGAAACUGACCUCCUUGCAGAAUAUGACCCAUCUACAUCCACUCUGUCUUCUGUGGGCAAACCAGUUCUGAAUACACAAAGCAAUGUCCCCUUGGAUCCCAUGCCUCCUUACUUCUCAAUAAGCCUUGCAUGGGGUACCUUAUCAAAUGCCUUGUUGGAAUUUAUAUACACUACAUCUAUGGCUCUACCAUCAUCAAUGUGUUUAGUCACAUUCUCAACAAAUUUGAUCAGGCUUGUAAGGCACGACCUGCCCUUGACAAAGCCAUGCUGACUGUUCCUAAUAAUAUGCCUCUCCAAAAAUUCAUAAAUCUUGCCUCUCAGGAUUUUCUCCAUCAACUUAGCAACCACUGAAGUAAGACUCACUGGUCUAUAAUUUCCUGGGCUAUCUCUACUCCCUUUCUUGAAUAAGGGAAUAACAUCCGCAACCCUCUAAUCUUCUGGAACCUUUCCUGUCGUCGUUGUUCAUGCAAAGAUCAUUGCCAGAGGCUCAGCAAUCUCCUCCCUCGCUUCCCACAGUAGCCUGGGGUACAUCCCAUCCGAUCCCAGUGACUUAUCCAACUUGAUGCUUUCUAAAAGCUCCAGCACAUCCUCUUCCUUAAUAUCUACAUGUUCAAGCUUUUCAGUCCACUGCAUGUCAUCUCUACAAUUGGCAAGAUCCUUUUCCGUUUUUAAUACUGAAGCAAAGUUUAGUACCUCAGCUAUCUUCUCCGGUUUCAUACACUUCCACUGUCACUCUUGAUUGGUCCUAUUCUCUCGUGUUUUAUCCUCUUGCUCUUCAUGUACUUGGUAAGCAGCCUCAUGUGUGGCACUUUGUCAAAGGCCUUCUGAAAAUCCAAAUAUUACAACAUCGACUUCAUCCUCUUUAUCUAUCCUACUUGUAAUCUCCUCAAAGAAUUCCAGCAAAUUCAUCAAGCAGGAUUUUCCCUGAAGGAAACCAUGCUGACUUUGUACUACCUUGUCCUGUGUCACCAAGUAUUCCUUGACCUUAUGCUUAACAAUUGACUCUAACAUCUUCCCAACCACUGAGGUCAGGCUAACUGGUCUAUAAUUGCCUUUCUGCUGCCUUCGUCCUUUCUUAAAGAAUGGAGUGACAUUUGCAAUUUUCUAGUCCUCUGGACUACUCGUCUACUACUUAAUGCUGGACUACUAGCGUUUUAGCUUUUAAGUGAAAGCCUGAAAAUAUUUAAUUGUUGUUUGACUUAUUACAUUGUAUAUUCUCACUGCUAUGUCAUGAUCUUCAACACUUUGGUUUAUUGGCAAUAAAAGUUGGAUUUAUUUGGAAAGGCA